AUGGCCCCGACCAGUGUCAUUUUUCCCGCAUCUCUUCCGACUGAGGAGGACAUCGUGCUGUCGCGAGACAGUCUGAAGCGAGAGAGGCAAAAGGCUUACGUGCUGAUCAUCGGCAGUGGUCUGGCAUCGCCCUGGUGCUCCUUGUGGAUCUUUGAGAACGGUGACGUUUUCUCCAUGGAGCUGACCAACCGACUCAUGGGAUCCCGUUGGCACCGAAGUCGCUACAAGAUGCGCUGGCUUCAUUCUGCCGCCACAGUCGCCACCCAGAGUACCCCAUGCGAUUCCCCGCCGCUCUCGCUAAAAGAGGACACCGGCAGUUCUCACGUUGAAGACACCGUGUGGGAAACAUCCCUGGAACUGCAGGGUCAUGUAUGCUACUGUGCUUUUCAAUGCGGCCGCCCGUCAGACACAACGGAUGACAGGCGAAGCAUGGUUGCUGCAAGUGUUGAGCACAUGUGGAGCGAGUGCGGCAGACAGCUUGAAACCGGACAUGGGGCGAUAGAAGAUUGCGUCCACAAUUUUCUCGAGAUGAGUGGCGACAGACACUACAUCAUGUCUCCCAGCUUAAAGUAUCAAGGCGGCGCAUUGGUAUGUUCUCAUUGUAUAUGCAUGCAGGACACCUCACCGCAUGAUCUCCGCGCACGUGCGAGAGCAGUACCGCUCAACGAUGCCUGGUACGACUUGUUCUUGCACAACUCUCAACUCUUCAUUGUACAACUUCUGUGUGGGCAGUACGAUGCUGAAUUCAAUCAGCUGCCUCUAGCUGUUGGAUCAAUUGCCGCCGUCCCUGUCUUGCUAGCGCUGGAAGUCAUUUUCGUUGCUGCCUUUCAGGCGCUUCUUUGCUGGCAGCGGGGCUUCGCGACGCUCGUUGGUCUAUCGUGGGUUGCAGUAGAGAUACACCACACGUGGAGGUAUGCGUACUACAACGUACGUCCCACGAGCGGGGUCGUAAUCGGCGGCAUCUGUACCAUGUGUGUGUGGGGUGCAGCCGCGAUGAAAGCAGAAGCCAACUCUGCAUACACCGACUCGUUGCUGACGUUGAGUCUCAUUUGGGAUUCGUGCAUGGUCGCUGAGGCCUUGAUUGUCAACAUGGUCUAUCGCGAUCACAGGUUGCAAGUGCUGAACCUCGCGUCGAUCGUUCUGGGAUAUGCCAGUGUGGCUGUUUUGCAGUGGCUCAAUGGAUGGCCAGUACAAGACCUUAUCAAAGGAUCUGCAACAGUGCUCGGUGUUGUCUUCGGCUGGCUGGCAGCCGUUUUUCUCGCCCGACAUUAUCCACUGGAGUCCGGGGCUUUGCUUUGUGCUGCAACACUUGUCUACAUGGCCUGGUGGAGCUUGUAUCUUGCUUUGAGUACUGUCGCCACGAUUAUGCUUAUCGUUGUGGGAUACAUCCUGUUUGGGCUCCUUGGGAAAUACCAGGUUUGUGAGAGAGUCGCAGCUUCUGCUUGGGCCUGCAUGUAUCCAUCAAAGAUGGAGGACAAUGAUUUGAAGCUCUCACCAGCAGACACUGUGGGUGGCAACGUAGCAGCCUCCGCCUGCGCACAGGAGCAUCAGUGGCAGCGUGCCGCUACUGCCCUCGACUGCGCCCGAGCGUGGGGUUUGCUGCCUGACUCGAUGACGCUGCAUGCCACCAUCCAGUGCUUCGGUUGGGGCCUGCGCUGGGAAACGUCGCUUCGACGGAUGGCGGAGAGUGAGGUCGACGAUGGGGCCGCAGUGUACAUAGGAUCCGCGGCAACAACGGCCUGCGAGCUGGGCUUAGCCUGGCCACAGGCAGUGGCUCUGCUGAAGGCGCAGAUGCUGCCGAGCGCCAGCGCUUUUUGCAGCGCUGCGGCGGCCUGCGCCGGCAUGGCUGCUUGGAGCUCUGCCCUAGCAGUGGCGUUGAUGCUCCGACGCGAGGGCUUGCAGCAGGAUGCUGCCUUUUUUGCCGCCAUUGUGCUGUCAGCCUCCCGGGCGCGGCGAUGGAAGCAGGCAGCAGCCUUGGCGUUGCAGCCCUUCGUGUCGGAACAGACGAGGCCGACGACCCGGUGCGGUGGCACGGCGGCAGCUGCCGCCGCGUCGGUGGCCUGCGAGGCGGAGGCAGCUCCCAAGCUGCUUCCCGCGCUCCUCGCCGCGCAGCACACUCAGAUGGCGAAGGUGUUGGCUGUGAUCGGCAGCGCCGGGUGA